UGUCACUGUUUUUGGUUAGGAUGUGGUUUUUUGAUUUCGUAGAAGUGAUGUGAAUUAAAUAUUCUGUGCUCGGAAUUGCAGCUGAUCGUUUCCACUAUUUAGUACUAACAUUAAUGCAUAGGUCUUACUUUAUCCAGAGAAUGGGGAACCCUUGAAUAUAAUGUCAUGUGACUGCAAGAAAAAAAUGGAUAUGACUGAACAACAACUCCUCAAAGAUGGUGUGUCAGUGCCCUCACCAGGCCUCCUGGUGCACUGGAAAGAGUUUGUGUGUGGAGGAGGAUCAGCAUUCUGCAAUAUUAUAAUAAGCUACCCUUUAAACAAGCUCAUAUUCAGACAGAUGAUGCAUGGAGUGGAAGCUACUUUUGCUCUUAACCAAUUACAAAAGGAAGGCUUAGGUUACCUAUACCGGGGCAUGCUGCCUCCUCUAAUGCAAAGAACCUUAUCUAUGUCGCUGAUGUUUGGAGUAUAUGAUGAAUGUUUACAACCACUGUUAAACAACAAAGUUAACCCAUAUGUUGCUAAAUCAAUUGCUGGAGUGGUUGCUGGCUGCGUUGAGGCUACACUCAUGCCUUUUGAGAGGAUACAAACCCUACUUAUACACCCUAAGUAUCACAAGGAGUUUCAGAACACUGCACAUGCUACAAGGCACAUCGCUAGGCACUACGGUAUCAAAGAGUUUUACAGAGGCCUCACCCCCAUCCUGUUAAGGAAUGGUCCUUCUAAUGCUAUGUUUUUCAUCAUUAGAGAUGAAGUAAAAGUAAGGUUGCCUCACCAAGAACUAUUGUUCUAUGCAAGCUUACAGAACUUUUUAGCAGGUGCUUCAAUAGGAGCACUUUUGAGCACUCUUUUCUACCCCCUCAAUGUGAUUAAAAUAGGCAUGCAAUGUGAGUUAGGAGGCCCACAUCGAACAAUAUUGUAUGAAUUUAAGUAUUUGCUACGUAAAAGAGGCUCAAAUUUUGCUAAUUUCUAUCAUGGAGCACUGCUUAAUAUAUCCCGUGCUUUUUUAAGUUGGGGCAUCAUAAAUGCUUCAUAUGAAGUUUUUAGAAAACAUUUAUAUUAAUUGCAAUUUAGUCUUAUUUUGUUACAACAGCUUGUUAUUUAUUGUUUAAUUUUAAGUGAAUGAUGAUUACUCAUCAUUAAAAGUAUGUGCUAUUUUCAUAUGAAAUUGUUAAAGAAUCUAAAGUAACAUUUAUUGUUAUUUCAUUUUAAUUACCUGAAAAUUGUACAGCAGUGAUAAAAGAGAGAUAGAUGUGAUUAUCAGUAUGUUUGAAUUAGAUAAUUUUAUUUUAAGUAGAUCUUUUAAUGUAAAGCAUUUAUGUAAAUAUUCCUUUUAUAAUGGUAUAUGACAGCCUAAUGGCGCGGUAUGAGUCGCUUUGAGCGCAAAGGAUCCUUGGGUUCAGAUUCCAGCUAACACAAUUUAGAAAACUACUACUAAGUCUAAAAUUGGCCAGGAUUCAUACUGUGUUGUUACUUCGUUACUAUACAAGAGGUGUGUUCUAUGGGUACUUUGUAUUUAUAAAUAAAUGCUAAUAGUAAAAUUUUGUACAUAAUCAUCCACAUUGUAAUCACUACAUGUUUUCCCAUAAUGCUGGUUAUUUGUUGUUAUGGUAUGAUAAUGUAAUGUUAUCUACUUACACUUGAUUUUAUCUUGCAACAUAGAUGUUUGAAAAACAGCUUAAAUGUUUUUAAUUUUCUGUAAAGAGUGAGUAGA